AUGGUUCACCAUCUCGACGUUAACUGCUACACAAUAUGGGUCGUCAUCUACGUCGCAAUUGGUACGGUUUCUAGUGCCUAUGGCCUUGCCAUCAUUGGUUCGACUGUUGGACAGCCCAACUUCCACAUAUACUUCAACCUUCCAUCUGAGGGUGAGUCUGGCUAUGCCCAUACCACCAACAUGAUUGGCGCCCUUAAUGGUGUCAAUUCCGCCGGUGCGAUCAUUGGAUGCAUCUUCCAGGCAUGGGCUGGCGACUAUUUUGGCCGCCGGUGGGCAAUGCAAACAGGAUUGAUCAUUCUCAUUAUUGGUGGUGCGCUAUGUGCCGGAUCCGUAGAUAUGGGUAUGUUUAUAUUUGCCCGAUCGGUGGCAGGCAUUGGAUCUGGGAUCCUGGCUUGUAUUGUUCCAACUUACCAGUCAGAGAUUGCCACGGCUGAAUCUCGAGGAGCUAUGGUUGCCACAACUGGUAUCAUGUACGCAGUUGGAUAUACCCUCGCGGCGUGGCUUGUGCGAUACUGGUCGACCAUGUACACUGUGCACCCGCGCCGGCCGCAAAUGCGAGACGACCGUUCAACGAGCUCCACGGCGUCGCCCAGGGAUACGGCACCAGGAGCACGUAGCCAUCAACCCAAGUCCGAGGGCUCUCGUGUGCCCGUCUCCACAAAGUUCGAUCUCACCAGCAUCGAACACAACAUCCGCGAAAAGGCAGCAGAGGACGCUGGCCGUAUUCUAACUGGGGCAUCCCUUCCCGGCGACAUAGGUGCUGACAAUGCAGGCGACCAGGUGUGGCGUCUCCAAGUAAUCGACUCACCUCCAGUACCAGUAAUGAAUGUGCUGAUUGACGCGUUCUUCCAACGGAUGCAAUGGUUUAUUCUGGUCUUUGUUGAGCCCUCGUUCAGGGCAACGGCCGAGAGGAUCAUCGGCCACCAAGAAUGGCGCCGAGAAGAUCUUGGCUCGUGCAUGGCCGCCCUGGUUGUCGCAGCAAUCGGACUACAGUCAGCCCUUCCCGAUGCGGACUGGCCCGGUCAUGCUAUAUUGCGAGCACAUAAUAUCGAUGCAAACAAUAUGCUCAAAGGGCUUAUUGCAGAGAUCCGGCUGCAUCUAUUGGACACUCUGGAGGAUUGCCAGAUCGAGGCCGUUCAGAUUCCAAUUCUACUGUCCUGUUAUUAUGUCUUUCAUAAUUCCCCUGGUCUAGCCUGGACAGUUGUUGGAAUGGCUGUUAGAGCUGCAUCUGCCCUCGACAUACAGAACACUUCCAGCAGUGAUCCGAUUAUGGAAGAGACCAGAUCUCGGUGCUGGAAUCACCUAAUUGUGUCCGACACAUUCACUUCUAUGGUCUAUGGACGAUCGGUGUCCAUUGAUCACGCGCAAGUCCAUCCAUUGACGGUCGUGAACGAUCUCAUGAUUGAUCCCUGGGUGCUGAAUCACUGCCCUGUGGCCCCGCAUGACCAGACAAUCGGGAGGGAUGUCUUUCAUGUGAUGAAAGCAGAGGUCUAUGGCAUCGUGCAUGAUACUCUUGUCAGAUUUCGCCAGCUCCGCCUCGGACCUAGGAUUAGUGAUGGAGACCUGGAGACCAUUGCUCAGAUAGUCAGGGAAUCGGACGAGAACCUAAGGCAAUGGCGCCAUAGAGUUCCUCGAAUAUUUGAUUUCGAUUUUUGGAUCAGUGGUGGCUGGGAAAAAAUCUGCCAAAACCUCCAGGCAGCUUCUGAGGCAGUGAAAGAGCAGGCAGAGACAGUCUUUCUCCAGGCUGCCAUACUACAACUAACAUAUGACUCCGCACUUAUCCAAAUCCAUCGUUCCUUACUAGAGCGAAGAAGUCGCACCAUUUAUAAACCUGUCGCCGAUGCCAUACACCGCUCACUGGUGGAAGCCACUGCAGCCGCUCUUCGAAUUUCACAAAUUCCAGUGGACAAAUUUCAGCGUCACUUUGGGGCAUCCUUUGUCUCCAUGCAGCAAUUUACGGCUGGCGUCAUACUUUGCAUUCAACCGACAUUUUCACCAUUUUCGCCAGCUGCCUUAGAAGCGAAGACCGGUGUCAUGAAAAUAAUUCGCGCCAGUCGAGCCGUUGGCUAUCGGAAUCGAAUCGCCAAACAUACGGAACAAUUGUUGACCGAGUUGUUAAAAGUUACAAAUCAACGCGAAUUGUCUCGUGCUCUAGGUAAUGGUACAGAGGCGACUGUUUCUAAGGAUACGACUGUCAACUGGCCAACGACGCCCACCACCCGCCAGGCUCCAAUGGCUGGCGUAGGACCGCACCAAGGUGAAAUGCAAGCGUCUGCCUCCGAGUCGUUGCUCUUUGACAUUGCCGGAGCUUCAGACGAUCCAAGCGAAAUUGAUUACGCGAUCAAUUUUCCUUCGGCAUAUAUUUUCGAGGAUCUGGACAAUACAUUUGGUGCAUUUGGGGAAUUCAUGUUCAACAUGGCACCUGAUGGCCAGAAUAGCAUCUGGAAUUGGGGGCGAACUUUCCCAUAA